AUGACCACACUGAUAACGGACAUCGCCUUGCUCCCAAUGCAAGUUUCGUCAGACAUGGAGUACGUCCAGUAUACCUUGAUGGGUCGACAUCGAAAGAUAAAUGGGCCAAGCCGCGAUAUGGUCGUCACUAUAACGAGUCCUUUGGGGUUUCUUUUUUUAAGCAUGACUGAAUAUAAGGAUAUAGAGGGCAGUGAGGUCUUACCAAUUAAACCCUUGACCAGCAGCAAACAGCCCUUUGGCUGCGGUACUCGAAGAAACUGGAAACAUAUUGCCACUUUGACCAUCGACUUGGCUACUAUCAGGAAUAUCCAAUGGAUGUAUGAUAUCAAGGCUAAUCUCUCAAUGUCAGGAAUCGACAUGUCAUCCGUAUAUUUACCAAGGCCAUGCCGUGACUCGUCUACCAAAAAUGCCAUGCACACAAAGGAGAAUAUCUACCAAAAGCACACAUAUCAGCCGUCAAAAAAUAAAAUAAAAUAA